AUGGAAAUGAAUCGCCCAAGUUUCUCAUUGAUCAUAAUUACUGCAGUUGUUUCUAUCAAUGCUCAAGAUGCAGAUGGUGACCCUAAUAGCGGCGAUAAUAAAGACAAUAAUAGCGGUGGAUCUGUAGCAGGAGGUGUUUGUGGAAUAAUAUUCUUCUUAGCAUUUAUAGGCAUAGUAAUAUAUAUAGCUUGAAGACGUAAGAAAGCUGGAAAAAAGUGCUUAUUAAAUCGAGAUACUCCCUGGUGCUGGGGUGAUGAGGAUGAAGAAGAAGAGGAUCAGACACCAGAAAUAGGCAGAAUUGAUACAGCUCCACCAGCAGAUAGAGGAAGCAUAAAUCGGUGGAAUAACUUUAUAUCUGAAUCUCAAGGGUUAAGUGAAAGAUCUGGCAUUCUACAGAAUUCAGAACGACAAAAUUUGCCAGCAGCUAAGAGAGCUAAGCUAUAG